UCCAAAAUUAUAUACAAAAAAAUAUUAGAAUAUCCUCUGGUGUUGAAGGAAUUGGACGGAUAAAGAUUCAAAAAAGAAUCGAUCUGAUUCAAGUCAUAAUCUAUAUGGGAUUUCCAAAGUUAUUAAUAGAGGGUAAGCUGGAAGAAUUACAGACGAAUAUGCAAAAAAAACUGAAUUGUGUGAACCGAAAACUUAACAUUGCUAUUACAAGAAUUGCAAAUGCUUAUAAACAUCCUAAUAUUCUUGCAGAAUUUAUAGCCGGACAAUUAAAAAAUAGAGUUUCGUUUCGUAAAGCAAUGAAAAAAGCUAUUGAAUUAACUGAACAAGCAGGUACAAAAGGAGUGCAAGUACAAAUUGCGGGACGUAUCGAUGGAAAAGAAAUUGCACGUAUCGAAUGGAUCAGAGAAGGUAGGGUUCCUCUACAAACCAUUCGAGCUAAAAUUGAUUAUUGUUCCUAUACAGUUCGAACUAUUUAUGGGGCACUUGAGCCCGCUUGGAUCACGUCUAGACAAAUAGAAGCGGGACGGCGAGCAAUGUCACGAAAUGUCCGACGAGGUGGACAAAUAUGGGUACGCAUAUUUCCAGACAAACCAGUUACAGUAAGACCCACCGAAACGCGUAUGGGUUCGGGAAAAGGAUCUCCCGAAUAUUGGGUAUCUGUCGUUAAACCUGGGAAAAUACUUUAUGAGAUGGCUGAUAACAGCGGAGCCCGCGAAUUGAUGUGUAUUCGAAUCCUAGGAGCUAGUAAUCGACGAUAUGCUUAUAUUGGUGACAUUGUUGUUGCUGUAAUCAAGGAAGCAGUACCAAAUAUGACCUUAGAAAGAUCAGAAGUGAUCAGAGCUGUAAUUGUACGUACUUGUAAAGAACUCAAACGUAGCAACGGUAUACUAAUUCAGUAUGAUGAUAAUGCUGCAGUUGUCAUUGAUCAAGAAGGAAAUCCAAAAGGAACUCGAAUCUUUUGUGCAAUCGCACGGGAAUUGAGACAGUUAAAUUUCACUAAAAUAGUUUCAUUAGCACCCGAGGUAUUAUAAAAUUAUAAGGCAAAACCGUGAUAUGGAUAUAUUUGUUUUGUAAUGAAAAUGGAUUAAUUAAUAUAUUAUAUCUCACACAUAUCCCUUUUGUAGUAAUUAUUCUAAGUAUUAGAAAUAACAAUUAUUAUCUAUUUCAUAUUAAUAUUGGAUGAUCUAAAUGAAAUAUAUUGGAUGAUCUAAAUGAAAUAAUGAAAAAAAAAUAGAAAAACGAGCAUGUUGAUUAUAUUGAAAAUAAGGAGCAACAAUCAUUUUCGUUUAUCAUGAGUAAGGACACCAUCGCUGACAUAAUAACCUAUAUACGAAAUGCUGAUAUGAAUAGAAAAAAAAAUGGUUCAAAUACCAUUUACUAACAUCACCGAAAAACACUGUGAAAAUACUUUUACGAGAGGGUUUUGUUGAAAACGUCAGAAAACAUAGGGAAAGCGACAAAUAUUAUUUAGUUUUAACUCUACGGUAUAGAAUAAAUAAGAAAGGAUCAUAUAAAAGUUUUUUAAAUUUAAAACGGAUCAGUACACCUGGUCUGCGAAUAUAUUCUAAUUAUCAACGAAUCCCUAAAAUUUUAGGAGGCAUGGGGAUUGUAAUUCUUUCAACUUCUAGGGGUAUAAUGACAGAUCGAGAGGCUCGAUUAGAAAAAAUAGGCGGAGAAAUUUUAUGUUAUAUAUGGUAAUCUUUCUGAAAUACGAAUUAGAUGAGAAAUUUCUAUCCAUUUUUGUCAAAAAGAGAGAGAGAAAACACAGAUUUAGAAUAUCACCCACCCCUCAUAUACUAGUGAAUGUGCGAAGGGGGUUUAACUGAAACU